AGACAAUGUGUGUACCUUUAUCAUUGUGGAUGAGCCAUGGCUGACUCAUGCAUUCAAAAGUUGGCAUUCACCAACCUCUUUUCUCUAUAGUAUAUAUACUUCCAGGAUAUAACUUCUUAUCAUCAUCACCAUCAACUCUCUCAGCAAUCAGAAACACAAAACUACUUGUCCUCUAUUUGACUUGCAAUCUUUAUUCAUUAUCAAACAUGACGAAUUCAGCUCAGAAACAAGUUAUUGGGAUUCCAAUCUCCUCAGCAGCAAAUGUUGUACAGAGAAGGCCUGCCAGACUUCUACUUGACAAUACUGCUACCCCAUCUUAUGUUCAAACUCCUGCAAAUAAGUCUCUUGCAGUCAAACAAGAUAAAUUAGAUUCCAUGGUGAAAAGGAUGAAUAAGCUAGUCAGAAAAGCUGACAAAUUUGCACAUGGAAUCCGCGAGCAUGUAAAACUGGGAACAAAAAUCACUGAAACUCUCAAGGGGAAGUUGAGCUUGGGAGCAAAAAUUCUCCAAGUGGGAGGAGUCAAGAAAAUUUUUAGACAGUUUUUUACUGUGAGAGACGGAGAAAGAUUGUUGAAAGUUUCCCAAUGUUAUCUAUCAACAACAUCUGGUCCAAUUGCAGGACUUCUCUUUAUCUCCACCGAAAAGAUUGCUUUCUGCAGUGAGAGAUCUAUUAAAUUGUCAUCUCCAGAAGGAGAGAUAGUCAGGAUCCAUUACAAGGCUGUGAUCCCACUGAAAAAGAUAAAGAGUGCAAACCAAAGUGAAAAUGUCAAGAAGCCAUCACAAAAGCUCAUAGAAUUAGUGACAGUUGAUGAUUUUGAUUUCUGGUUUAUGGGUUUCUUAAAUCAUCAUAAAGUUUUCAAGUGUCUUCAGCAAGCAAUAUCUCAAGCUUGGAUGUCCUCAUCUACAAGUCACCUAAAUUAGUCUUGAGGCCCUUAAUCUAACUGCAAGUAAAUAGUCAAUCAUUUUAGUUGACAUCAAAAAUUGUACAGAACUGAAGUGUUUAUUAAUGAGAGUUGUUUCCCUAUUAUGGCUCA